GUUACACGGCAUAUAUGUAUAUAUGUUCGUAGACUGUUUUGUGUUAUUCCGUUUUUGUCCGUGUGAAAUGUUUUAGUCUACCGUUUAUAUCCGAAUACUACCUGUGUUACUAUUCAGUGUUUCUCGUGCAUUCAAGAUCGCAACUGGCGCCUCGGCCGCACCACUGUUUUUCUAUCAUGUUUGAGACUUUAGAGCCACAAUAGACCUUUAUCGUAAGAUCAUCUAUAUGUCAACUGAAUAAAAUCUUAAACGAUGAUUGAGGCGUGAUAAUAAAGGUCUAUUACCUACACCAUCAUGGCUAAGAAGAACGUGGUAGCGGAUGACCCUCACACCACCGAGGACGGCGUCAAAGAAGAAACAGACCCUGAGCCGACGGAGGAAAGAAACACCACACCAUCAGAAACAAGUGAGAAACGAGUAAGAACAUUGACAGUAAAAGCUAAAGAACUGUACGAUGCUGAAGUUAAGAAAUACAACUCAAAAAUCGAUUUAAUUUGGACUGAUAUAGAGAACAUUCCCAGUGAAAUAGAAAACAUUAGUCAUAAUACACCAGCAUUGCGUGUUCUGGGUUCCAGACUUGACUAUCUUGGAGAUAGAUAUGAGGAAGAGUGUGUGUCAUUUCGUGAAUAUCUUACCCGAAGAAAUACAACAGAAAGCCAGCAGGAGUUGGACUCCCUCACGGCUGCCUUUGACAAAGGAAAAAGUAUUAUUCAGGAAUUAAGGAAAAGAAUCAGGGAUACUCGUAUGGAAGCAACAGAAACUGCCUCACGGAGGUCCGCUUCAGUAAGGACGUCGUCAUCCCGUGUUGAUUCAAUCCUGUUCAAGAAACGUGUGGAAGCAGAAACACAACGUGCUAACAUUCUAUUCCGAGAGAAGGAACUUGCGAUCCUCAAAGAAAAAGCAUCACUUAAGGAACAUGAAGCAAAACAACAAGCUGAAAGUGAACGAAAGAAAGCAGAGCUUGAAGCUACUCAUCACUUGUUAGAAGAAAAAAGAAAAGCAGCACUCGUAGAAGCAGAAGUGAAAGCAAUAGAGAACUUUGAGUCGGACACUAGACAAGGGUCUGUUAUACCAUCAGAUAUCGAUGUACCAAUAAAUCGCAAACAGUAUACUGCUCGUUACAUCAGUGAUCACAGUGAUAAUAGUGUCUUCGGUAAACAAACUUCAAAGUGUGAUAAUGGUCCCAUAGAUCCUGUGAUUGAUCAAGACAUACCACAUCAGAAAGAGACUCAGUCUAACCUUAACCCUAUGGCAAAAGAAUUCGUUAGUCAACGUGUGAAAAAUUCUGAAGAUCAGAAUGUUGUCAGUGAUCUUACAAGAUUUCUACUCAAGAAGGAUCUGUUAUUCUCAAGAUUUUCGCAGUUCAGUGAUAAACCAGAAACAUUUGUCACAUGGAAAGCUAGUUUCAAGAGUAUAACAGAGGAAUUGAGAGUUACACCAUUUGAAGAAAUGGACUUACUAGUGAAAUUCUUAGGACCAGAACCCUCAAAGUUUGCAGCCAAUAUCAGAGCAGCGAAUACAGCAUACCCAGAACGAGGCCUUCAUAGGAUAUGGAAAAGACUCCAAGAGCGUUAUGGAAGCCCAGAAUUAGUAGAACAUUCUUUAAAGAACAAACUCAGAGACUUUCCCAGAAUUAGUAAUAAAGACAAUAAACGUUUGUAUGAAUUAGUCGACAUUCUAGCAGAAAUCGAGUCUUUAAAAGAAGAUUCAAACUACUCGACAUUAUUGUCCUACUUUGACUCAUCUUCUGGCAUUAUACCUAUUGUGAAUAAACUGCCUUAUAACUUACAAGAGAAAUGGACAACCCGUGCCGCAAGCUACAAAGCCAUACUGGAUGUUCCAUAUCCACCAUUUGAUUAUUUCGUGGAAUUCUUACAAGAAAUGAGUAAGAUUAGAAAUGAUCCAGGAUUUCAAUAUGAAGGAUCUUUUAGUACCCCUGGACCAAUUCAGAACAAGAAAACCAAGAAUACUACAGUUCUGUCAUGUAAAACUGAAGUGGAACCAAACAAGUAUGUGUCUCCCAGAGGACAAAGGUGCCCUAUUCACAACACACACCACAGUCUUAGCUCGUGA